UGGACGGCCUGCGCUGGGCGCUGUAUACUUCUCGUUCCUCACCAUCAAUCAUUUCCAGAAAUAUUUCUAGUCAAAGGGGCAUCUUGGCAUUAGAAUCUUUCCACCUUUCUGGUGACCGAUGUCCACUGCGGGAUUGCUGGUAACAUGUUCGCGGCCCUCUGUCCGGAGGGCCGUUGUUCAUGCGUACCUCUCCCCGUGGACGACUUGUAGCCCCCGGAGCGUUGGCCUCGUCAUAUGUAGUCCCCGCCGCUGUGCCACACUUUCCACUUAAAUCUUCCCCUCCUCUCCUUUCCCUGCCAUAAUCGCCCCUCUCUAGUUAACCAAUACACACUCAACAACUAGUCUUUUCGAGAUCACCUACCCCUUCUUCCACAGAAUCUUGCCCAGCUUCCAUAACCUGACUCUUUCUGUGGUAAACAUGCCUUGCCUCACCUCCCUUACUCUUCUUUUCACACUGGCUGCCGGCUGCAUUGCGCAGUCCAUCAAUGAGCUCCUCUCGGGUGUGCCUGAGCUUAGCAAUUUUACCUCCCUCGCCUUGACGGAUCCCGGUUUCAUUGCUACUCUCUCUGGUGCUUCGAAUAUCACUAUUCUUGCCCCCAAUAACCAGGCCCUGAAGGCUGUGCCUGCUUACAUCACGGACCACGCCGAUCAUGUCAGGGCUCUCUUGGACUAUCAUGUCCUCAAUGGAACGUAUAGAUCAGGAGACUUUGGCGAUGAGCCCAAGUUUUGGCCAACUCUAUUGACUCACCCUCACUUCGUCAACCUUACUGUUGGUGAGAAACAAGUGGUCAAGGCGGCUCGGAUGGGCGAUCAUGGCACCGUAUAUUCCGGCCUCGACAGGCCUGCCAUGGUUUCUAGAGCCGUGAGUCCUUUUCUUUUUUUUUUCUAGCUUAUUUCCUCCUUUGUUUUAACUUUCCCCCUAAACACCACCACUUCUCCCGUGUCCCUGUUACUACCAAGUGAUUGCGUCUGGUAGUGUCAAGAGUGGGUGGCUUUCAGUACCCUUGCCGAAAAAAAAACAGUCUCAAUUUUGGUGUCUUUUGGCCAAUACACUCUACUUAUAUUUUUCAUUUUAGGAUAUGAAUUUCAAUGGUGGCCUUGUUCAUAUUAUUGACAGUGCUCUUGUGCUUCCCGCGAAUGUUUCUACCACUGCUAUAUCCUCAAAUCUCACCGCAGUAGCUGGUGCAUUGGUUACUUCCAAUCUCGCUCACACGGUUAAUGCACUUUCGGGGAUCACCAUCUUUGCCCCUAGCAAUGGUGCGUUCCAGGCGAUUGGAAAUCUGGUGGGACGUCUUAGCCCUGAGGAAUUGGCCAGUAUCUUAAAGUAGGGCCUCUUCUUUGAACCUCCUUGUCUCCCGGUUAACUCGAGGGUUGUGUCCAGCUACCACGUCGUUCCUGUCAGAGCCUUCACUGUGGAUCUCACCAACAACCAGAAGUUGGAGACAGCUCAAGGAGGGGAGAUAACGGUCCGCACUAGCAACGGCGACGUGUAUGUUAAUGGGGCAAAGGUGAUCACUACAAAUAUUAUCACCAAUAAUGGCGUCAUCCAUAUCAUUGAUGGGUAUAGUUGUCGGGUCAAGAUUUUUCUGAAUAUGGGAAACUAAUGUUUGUAGUGUCUUGAACCCCAAUGCCACUGAUGACGAGCCGGAUACUGGUGCUUCGACCCAGGCACCCGCUUUCCCUUCGGCUACCGGAUCAUCUGAUGUUCCAUUUACUUCGGGUGUCCCCACACCAACGGCCUCUGGGAUAGCCACCUCUUCUCCAACCUCGGGCACAGGUGGACAGCCUAACGCAGCAGCCUCUAUUACGGGCAGUGCUGUUAUCGCCGUCAUCGGAGCAGUACUUGCGCUUGCCGCUAGUAUGGUGGUCUAAGAGGGGUUUUCGAGUCUCUGGAGAUAUCAAGGGGCAGCAAGGGUAGAGUGGUUGGGGGGAAUGCCUUCUAGGGAUAUAGACUUCCCUUUUUUUUCUUCUUCUUCUUCUUGCUUUUUUUUUGACUGUGGUCUGGGCGUUGGUGGGAUCCACUCUAAUUGUGAAUUCUCGACGCACACCUUGCAUCAGAUUCUGAUGAUGGAAGCCAAAAUUUCAAGCACGCAGAUAUUUUUCUGUUUUAGUUUGUCGGGUUUAUUUGAGUGAAUAGGUGGAUGUGAGUGGACUAUUGCGAUUGGAUUGGGCGCUACCCCACUCCAAAUGAUGCAGGGAUUGCCCUAUGGUCACUGGAAGGAAGCGGCAUGGGUAUUUUUUCGGGUUCGGUUUUGAGGAGAUUGGGCGCAAGUGUUGCACUGUAUAAUUAUUUCUGGAGAUGCUCUAUCUUGACGUACAGUAUACGGUUCAAAUUAGAAAAUUGGGUGAUCGCCCUUGCUUGGGGACCUGCAUAGAAUAGCCUGAUGCCUCAGAAGGACAGGGGAAAAUAGAUUUUCAUAUAUCAUACCCGGGCAUGGCAGGUAAAAUCGGAAGACGGUGUCUGCUGAUCCCAUACAAGUCCAUAAUAUUGAGGCAAGGGUUGUGUUUUCCGAUUCCUAUGGGCACACCGGGGUGAGCUGGUGUGUAGGUAGGGUCGGAAAACUAUUGCCACAAUUCUUGAUGGGGGUGCAAGGUUCAUGAUUUCCGACUCUUAUGCACAAUACACACCGGGGGACCACUAAUCAUCACCUAGGCCAUGACUCUCCAUAGUCUAUGUUGGGGUAUCUACUGCGGUGCGUGGUGGGUUGGUAUUAUGUUAUAAGCGUAGAUAUCCAUGUUGACUAAGCGGAAGUAGAAGCGUAUAUCAUAGUACAGUGCAGUACAGUGUUCGAGGAAGUGGCAUUCGAAAAUUUUUGUGGAUUUUCCAUUUGGUAUCGUGGAGAAGGGGGAGUGUGAUUUGUAUCAUAUCAUACCAUAUCGUAGUCCGUUCU